AAACGGCAGCCUUUUGCAGCACUGACCAAUCAGCUGUGUUAUUGCUGGCCGAUUUGUUGUUGCUAUGUACAAGGACUUUAGGUUGCCAAGGAAACAGGAAAAAAUGUCACAACUGAACAGCAUUACGAUUGAUUUAAUUUACGUGGCACUCGACAUUUACUCCUAUUAUUUGGCAAUAAAAUUAGGCACUUUACAAAGUAGCAACUGCUACUAAAAUGUCCAAAAAUGCGACGCGAACGAGCAGCAAAAACGUCAAAACGGAAAUGCCCAGGAAGGUCUCCAAAUCGCCGGCAACAAGUGGUCCUGCGACCACAAGGGAAUCGAAGGAACGAAGGUCACUGCCCAGGCAACCGGAAAGCUUGGAAGGUGAAAAAAUUGCCAAGAAAACCACAACAACAGCACAGCCUUCGACCAGCAAAAAGCCAUUGAGCACGGGGAAAAACAAGGAAAGGGAAUCCUUACCCUUGAGCAAAAGGACCACUCCGUCCCCAGGAGCUUCGCGUGCCACCGCCAGACAAGCAACCACCACAAACACACCCUCGCAGUCCAAGCCCAAGUCCGUGUCCAAAUCCAAACCCAAUGCAGUUCUGGACACUUACCACAGUGUUACGGUCGCUUCGCCACCGCAAAAGCGAAGAGGGCAGGCAAAGCAGAAGGAAUCGCCCACUCCUCGUUCAAAGCGGUAUUCACCUGUUGCUCAGGCCAAGGAGGAGCAGAUAUCACCCCCUCCUGCUGCCAGAGAAGAUGCCCCUGCUGCUCCCGCACGAGCCAGAACUUUCACGCGCACCUUGGAGCCCGAGGAAGUGGUGGUCCUGAAGCGCGAAUCCGCCAAGCAACGGAGCGAAGUGGAGACCCAGGAAUCGGCGCCUGUAAAACAGCCUGUGGCCUUUGAAGUGAAGUUCGAGGAAGCCAAAAAACCAGAGCCCGAUUCCGAUCACUACUCCGAUGACUUUGAGUCCUAUGAAUCGGAUUUUGAAACGGAUGCCAGUUCACCAGGAGAGGAAGAGUCAGAUGAACCAGAAGGCCCUUCAUCCUCCGAGGCAGAAGUGGAAGAGGAGCCGGAGGAGGAAGAGGACUCGGAGCCCACACAGAAUCCCAUCACGGUGAUCCAACGCGACAGAGAUCAGGAGCGCAAACUGGACUCCGGCCACUAUGACAUGCACCAACGCAGGAAUCCCCUGAGCACUCAGUCCGCGCAGAACCAGUACGAUAGCUUCGAUACCAGCUCGAUGGCCAACUCAGAGCAGCUGGACUCCGGCAUCAGCACGACCGGCGUGGAAAAGCCCCGUGGAAGUGGGGAGGCCAACGUGUACUACGGCGGCUACUCCGGAUUCGUGUCCCACCCCGUGAUCAGUCGUCGCGGCGAGGAGCUGAUGGCCAAGCUGCGUUUCGACCAGCUCAACUACCACCUGUUCGAGAUGAAGCCCCUGAGCUACGAGGGAUUCAUGCAGAGCUACGGGAAGCUGAAUGCCUGCCAGCUGGCCACCCAGACGCAGUCGCCGCAAAUGGACGGGGAGUGCCAGACGCUGGAGGUGCACAGCCGGAGCAGCUGGACACAGCAUCCACCCCACUACGGUGGCCAGUUGGUGCUCAGCUGCAGUGGCGACGCGGAGAUGGAGCAACCAUCGAGUUCCCAGUCGACGGAUGACUACGAAAUAAGCAUAUCUCGCUUGGAGCAAUUGCAUCGCGUGGAGCAGGCUCGCUCCCAGCAGCUGCAGCAAAGGAGGUUGGCCAAAACCACGGAUCUGGAGCGUCUGAAUACGUUUCUGCACAAGGCCGCUCGACUCAUGGGCAGGGUCUUGGAGGGCAAUAAAAACGCAGGCCAAGAUAGUAGUCCACGGAAUAUUCCUCUCCAGACUGGACUUCUUAAUGCUCUCCCCGUCCGCCGGAUCUUUGGCAGUUCCGGGAACGGGCAACUAGUGGUGACCGUCCACGAAUGUCCGCAGGACAGCAACGUCUACAGCGAGGACUUCGCCAGCCUGCUAAUGGUGUGGUCGCUGGCCAAUCCCGGCCAGCCCCUGCGUCUGCUUUCCACCUGGGCCGAAGUCAGCCGGGUGGCACUCUCCACCGAGGCUCAGGAUAUCGUGGUGGCCGGACUGAGGGACGGCAGUGUGGCCAUGUGGGAUCUGCGCGAGACACACAGCUACUGCUCCAAGUUGGACGGCCACCUGACCCACUUUGCAGCCACCCAGUCGGUGGUGCCCAUGGUGGAGCAGCAGCAGCAGGGGCUGAAUGCCAUGGAUCUGGGCGCCGUGGUGGAUGUGCGCAGCUUUAGAGCGCAGAAUAAAAGUGGAGGAAUUGCUGCAGCUGGAGGAGUGCAGACGGCCUACAAGGAAGUUCAGUACGCCUCGCUAAACGACUCUGGCCUGCUGACCAUGUGGACUCUGGUUGAGGGAGCCUCCUCCAGCAACAGGAACGAGUUCAGCUCUCCGUGGGCGCGGGUGAAGCUCCUGCAGAGCGCCAGCUGCGACCUGAGGAGCUAUCUGGAGCGACGCCUGCUGAAGAGCCACCAGAGUGCCUACGAGAAGACCAAGUCCCUGUUCCAGGGCAACAUCUACAGCGACGACCUGCUGAGGGAGCUGAACGAGACGCAGACACUGACCACCGCCCUGCAGGGCCAGGGAUUGCAGGGACUGCGCUUCACCAGCAUCGACACCGGCAGCGACCUUAUCUACGUGUGCACCAACCGGAACUUUGUGCUCUGCUGCACCCGGAGCCUGAAGGCGGAACGCUUCUCGAGGAUCGCUGUGAACGAGAGUCGCUUCCUGUUCCCCACCUCACUGUGUGUCCUAUCCAACGAGAACUAUGUGGCCGUGGGCCUGUCCAACGGAUCCGUGAUGAUCCUCAACUGCAAUCAGCGGCAGAGGCAGCGGCAGAGGCAGCGGCAGAAGAACCACCAAAGGCCCAAAACCGGUCAUCCGCCGGCCACUGCUGAGCCCGAUCCCGAGACGGGCAAGUCCUGCGCCAUUCAGAACAUCAUACUCAACGAGCGAAGAUCGUUCGACCAGCAGGUGGAUCCCAAUCCCAGCUACGAACCCCGGCCGAACACUGCUCUGGAGCUGAUUGAGCGACCCAGGCGUUCCUACGAACUGAAAGUGUUUGACCAGCAGCUGCUCCUCAGCGGCAGUGGACUGCGCCAGCACCUCGUCCAGGCCCUGAUCCUCUCCAGCGACGGCUGGCGACUCUCCGCCCUGACCAAUGGUACUGUGCGCACCUACGAUUUCUACCGGGACAGGGAGUUGCCCAGUGGACAGCCGGCGGAGGGUUGCCUCAAAGUUACGGACAUCGCAGGUGCUCGAAGUUCUGGACACGAGCAGAACCUGCUCAUCCUGGACUCGGCUGGAAAGGUGCAAAUGCACCCACUUGACUACUAG